AUGGGAGGAGACCCACGGCCGGCAGGACAUCACGGUGGCAGCAGAGGUGGCAGCGAUCCCAGCAGAUCUUGCUGGCAGGGGCUUCAAGGACUGAAGUCGUGGAUCGCCUCAGGCAUGGGUGGUGUGAUGUGCUAUGGCCGCCACGGAGGCCGCAGCAGUGGCACCAGUGGCUGCUGUGUCUCUGGCUGCAGUGGUUGUCCAGACUGCUGUGAUGCCCCAGCAGUGGCGACGGCCGAGCUCCAUGUGAAGAGCAGGCUAUCAACGUUGGGAUCCGCAGCCCCCAGGGAGAGAGCCAGAGACCCUCUGUAUAAAGACGGCCACCAGCAUUCUCCCUCGUUUUGCCUAAAGUCUUCGUUUUGGUGCAAACAACCAAAUACUCAUCAUGAAGGCUUUGAAAAUGAGACACAUUCUGAGCAUUCCUCUGAUGACUCUUUUGAACCAGUGUCUCCAGAAUUCCGUGGAAAAGAAGCCAUAAGAAUCAGAAAGGUUAAAAAAGAAUAUAAGGGAAAGCCUGGCAAGGUAGAAGUAUUGCAAGGCAUAAGCUUUGACAUAUAUGAAGGACAGAUCACUGCAAUACUUGGGCAUAGUGGAGCUGGUAAAUCAACACUGCUAAACAUUCUUAGUGGAUUAUCUGCUUCUACAGAAGGAUCAGUCACUAUUUGUAAUACCCAACUUUCUGAAAUAACUGACAUGGAAGAAAUCAGAAAAAACAUUGGAUUUUGUCCACAGUUCAAUUUUCAGUUUGACUUUCUGACUGUGAGAGAAAACCUUAGGCUAUUUGCCAAAAUAAGAGGGAUUCAGCCAAAGGAAGUAGAACAAGAGGUGAAAAGAAUUAUAGUGGAAUUAGACAUGCAAAGCAUUCAAGAUGUUAUUGCUAAAAAAUUAAGUGGUGGACAGAAGAGAAAACUAACACUUGGGAUUGCCAUUCUAGGAGAUCCUCAGAUUUUGCUAUUGGACGAACCAACUGCUGGACUAGAUCCCCUUUCAACACAUCAAAUAUGGAGCCUCCUGAAGGAGUGUAAAACAGACCAUGUGAUCCUCUUCAGUACUCAGUUCAUGGAUGAGGCUGACAUCUUGGCUGACAGGAAAGUAUUUCUGUCUAAUGGGAAUUUGAAAUGCGCAGGAUCAUCUUUGUUUCUGAAGAGAAAAUGGGGUAUAGGAUAUCAUUUAAGUUUACACAGGAAUGAAAUAUGUGAUACAGAGGGAAUUACAUCCCUUAUUAAGCAGCAUAUUCCAGAUGCCAAGUUAACAGCAGAAAGUGAUGAAAAACUUGUAUAUAGUUUGCCUUUGGAAAGAACAAACAAAUUUCCAGAUCUUUACGGUGACCUUGAUAAGUGUUCUGACCAGGGCAUAAUGAAUUAUGGUGUUUCUAUGACAACUCUGAAUGAGGUAUUCUUGAACCUAAAAGGCAAAUCAGUGACUGAUGAACCAGAUUUUAGCAUUGGGAAGCAGGAGAAAAUAAAUGUAACAAGAGAUACUGGAAAUGAAUCUGAAAUGGAAAGGGCUCUUUGUUCUCUUCCUGAAAUGAGUAAAGCUGUCAGUAACGGAAAUCUGUGGAGACGACAAGUCUGUGCGGUAGCAAGUCUUCGCUUCUUAAAAUUAAGGCGUGAGAGGAAAGCUCUUUUGUCCUUAUUACUGGUACUUGGAGUUGCUUUUAUCCCUGUCAUUCUGGAGAAGAUAAUAUAUAAAGUAUUUCAUGAAAUUCAUUGUUGGGAGCUCUCACCCAGUAUGUAUUUCCUUUCUCGGGAACAAAUCGUAAAACCUCCUCUUACCAGCCUAUUAAUCAUUAAUAAUACAGGAUCAAGUAUUGAAGACCUUAUACAUUCACUAAAAGAUCAAGAUAUAGUUUUGGAAAUAGAUGACUUUAGAAAUAGAAAUGGCUCAGAUGAUCCUUCAUACAAUGGAGCCAUCAUAGUGUCUGGUGACCAGAAGGAUUACAGAUUUUCAGUUGCAUGUAAUACCAAGAAAAUGAAUUGUUUUCCUGUUCUUAUGGGAAUUGUUAGCAAUGCCCUUCUUCGAAUGUUUAACUUUACGAAGCUUAUUCAGACAGAGAGAAGCAUAUUUUCUCGUGACAACGUAAUGCUGGACAUUGGUUUUGUAGAUGGGCGCAUAUUUUUGUUGCUCAUUGCAAACUGCAUUUCUCCUUAUAUUGGCAUGAGCAGCAUCAGCGAUUAUAAAAAAAAAGCUCAAUUCCAGUUAUGGAUUUCUGGCCUCUGCCCUUCGGCAUACUGGUGUGGACAGGCUCUGGUGGAUGUCCCGUUCUAUGGCUUGAUUCUCCUUUCAAUAUAUUUAAUUCACUUAUUCAUACUUCUGAGAUUCAAACUUCCAUGGGAUCUCACGUUUGCUGCGGUGGUAGGCAUAGUGGGUUGUGCGGCUUCUCUUAUGCUCUUCACGUAUGGUCUUUCAUUCGUCUUUCGCAAGAGGAAAGCAAGUGAUGGCCUUUUGGCUUUUGGCCUUUUUAUUAUGUCAGUGUUUAUGUUAAUAAUUCUGCUAUCAAUUCAUCAUGGAAAACUCAGCUUAAUUUUAAUGAUUUUAAUACCUUCCUACACUUUAAUUGAGUUUAUCAUGCUUUUGACAGAGCUCUACCUUGUGCAUAUGAAAAACUCAGAAAGUCUGGACAAUGGAAUAAAUGAAGUCAAUAAAAUUGUUCUCUUAACAGCCUUAAUA